AUGCGCGAGUUAAUGCAGGAGGCGGGGACGGGGGCCGCCGUCCAAGUCACGUCUGCCCUUCGCGAUUUGUUCAUAUCCGUCAUAAUCGCCUGCCAGCUGGACAGCUGUGACCCGUGUCAGUCGUCAAGCGAUGGAUGUCAGUUCUGUACACUCAUGUCUGCCUGUUUCCUCCCACCCCCGUCGCCGAUUGCUUUCACGGCUCGACGGCACGUGACUCUACCGGCCGGUCAUUAUUUUCUGUACGGUGCUCAUUAG